GUCCGCUCUUAAUGACGGAGAGACUCGAUACGUCAUUUAAGCGAACACUUGUAAAUUAAGAUCGGAGUGAAGUUGUUAUUGUGAACGAUACGUUCGUUUAUCGCGAGGUUAUCUCAUUCGUCGCCGCUCAGUCGCAUAAGCUAUACUUACUUGUGCAACUAUGUGAAAUAAAUUCGAAAUGCGUUUUGUAUUCUUGUUAUUUGUACUGUCGUGUCUGCUGUGCGUGUGUGUGUGUUACGACAUGAUCAUCGGGGACACUGUUCAUAGGAAGAUGGUCUUCCAUCAGAGGGUCAAAGACUUUGCGAUACCAUUUAAAAAGAGAAUUAAGACUUUGACGUAUAGUGAUCCAGAAAAAAGGACUAUUAAGGGUGUUGCCGCAAUAGACAACGACUUUUCCCACGCCAGUGCCAACAUAACUGACGGUGGAGUCGGUUUCUCCUACGUCACAGUCAGAAUGAAGAGUCAGAGGCAUCAUCCCUUGAACUUCGAAGUGGAAAUAUACGUCUAGUCAGUGAAGUGGACAUUGCAAUAAUAUGUAAGAAACUCUCAGCAGCUUUAAAACUUUGAUGUUCCAUAGUGUUACAACAGAAGAUCUGAAGAUAGUGUUUCGUUUAUACAGCUUUUACAACAUGAAGUACUAAAUUUCCAUGUACAUACUUCGACUAAUAACUUUGUAGUCAUGACAACCAAUGUCAAUUAAUACAAUUCGUGAGUUUAUAACCAUUGUCCUCUUUAUCCGAGGUACCCAUAUCAAAAGGCAAGGGAACCCCUACUACAUGACUUAACGUAUUUCUGUCCCGCCUAAUGACAUUAUUAGUAUCAACUGGCGCUAUUGGAAUUCCUCCUGUAGGUUAACACAUUACAACAUUAGUUAAGAUACCUUGUAAUGUAAUGUGCUAAUGAGUAAUCGGAUGACUCAUUCGAAUAGUUUCGAAAUCAUUUGUUUCUUUUUGAAUAAUAGCAGCAAUAUUGGCAUCUUUUUUGUCAAUGUGCCAGUUAUUAAUGGACAGCAAGCCCAAAUGAAGAAGAAUUUAUUGUUUUGUCAAGACAAUAGCUGCCACUGUUUUCGAAGUAACGUUUGUACAUAGAAUAGGGUUAGGUGCACAUGUUAUUAUUUGAUUCAAUCGAUAUAGGUCUUUAAUAUCAGUAAGGUAGUGACUAUUUUAGCAAUGUAUGAAUAGAGAGAUCUGGAACCAAGUGUGAACAAUACAUGUUUACAUAACUAUUAACUAAUUAUAGUACAUUUAGGAUGUUUGCUGUCGUAUGCUGUACAAAUGCAGGGAGAUGAUAAACAUAUCGACGAGUCGGUAGUCACGUUUGCAAUAAUAAUGUUUACACUAAUUUAAUUGUUAUUAUUUACUAUAACAAUUGAAUGUUUGUCAAUAACAUGACAACUUUCCUAGAUCGAGGCUAGUUCUAUAGUUUAAGAUUUAGUUUUAAAAACGUUUGUUGCAUGAUAUCAUUCUUGUAGACAGAAUGAUUGUUUGUCGAACGUUCGUCGAUUGUCUCUAAGGUAGGUUCUGGAAAUGUAUAGAUUCGCAAAGUAAACGUCAAUGUGUAUAGACACACUAACAUAGAUUAGUUAAUAAGAGCUAGAUGCUUGAAAGAAUUUUGGGCAUUUUCAAGUCAACAAUUUUAUUUAUUUAUUAAUUCAUGUUGAAGUUAUGUUGACGAAUACUCUUGCCUAAUAUGCGUUCUAUUAAGUUUGUUAAGCAUGAUUUAUGAUUAUUUGAAUCGAUUUUGUAUAAAUUGAUAUCAUUGUAUAAAUACAUAACCAAAUAAGAAAAGUUGUAUAAAUCUUUUCUGUUUAAUUAAAUGCAAGUCAAUGGAA